UUUGUAUUGGGUAAUAGCUUUAUGGACUCAUAUAAAGUAUGUUUUGAGUAAAUAAAAUGAAAUUGGUAAAACCUAAUAAAUAUAAUUGGCCUAUAUAUGAAACUGUUCGGUGAAGAAACCCUAAUCCUCCCUCCCAUCCCAGUUGGUUCUCAUUUUUUAGUUUGAGAAAAAGAUGAGGUUGGAGAAGUGUUGGUUCUGUUCUUCCACUGUAUAUCCAGGGCACGGUAUUCAGUAUGUUCGCAACGACGCAAAGAUUUUCCGCUUUUGUAGGUCCAAAUGCCACAAAAAUUUCAAAAUGAAGAGGAAUCCUCGUAAAGUAAAGUGGACUAAAUCCUACAGGGCAUUACGGGGAAAGGAUAUGACACAGGACUCAACCUUUGAGUUUGAAAGGAAGCGAAACAGGCCAGAGAGAUACGAUAGGAAUGUAUUUAACAACACCUUGAAUGCUAUGAAGAAAAUUCACAAGGUUAGAGCUGAAAGGGAGGUUAAACAUAUAGCCAAAAGGAUGCAAGGGAAGAAACAAAAGGAACUGCAGGAGGCACAGAAGGAACUGGAGCAAAGCAUCUACAUGGUCAAGGCCCCAUCUGUGCUCAAAGAAGACCAAUCUCUCACACUGCCCAAGCUCAAAGUCAAGGUCAGCCAAAAACAAGCAGCGGCUCAACAAAUGGAAGAAUAAUGAGUCUGCAAAUUUUAAUCUUAAUUCGACCAUGGGUGGGACCAAAAUUUUGACACUUUUUGUUUAUUAUUUGGAGAGAAUUCCUUAGAAGGUUGUAUCUGUCUGCCUUCCUUUACAUUCUUGUUUCAUUCUCUUCAAAAACAUCUUAUAAUCAAAUCUUUAGAGAUAAAAAUUGAGAUUGUUAUUUACUGCUUGUACCUUUGGAUUUUGGUACAAGUUAUUAUUGAUAUAACAUGCUGUGAAGCACCAUUUGUUGGUGGGUUUUCUCAA